AUGUCCGGCCUCAAGGCGAGAGCUCUCGAGCUGCUAUCUGCAGCCAAAUCAGGCGAUCCUAUCCAGAGCCUAAAGCGAAGCGUAGAUGCGCAAACACUAUGGCCUGAAUCUCUUGACAGAGAAGCCGAUAAUGCUGCUUCGAUCCUGCGAUCAUUCUUCGUCGACGGCUUCAUUGUGCCGUACAGGACCGCCUCGUCCUGUCCACAGGAAAUUAUCAAGAAAAGCCAGGGCCUGGCUGUGUUCCAUGUCCUGCGAGAUGACCUGCGGUCUCCAGCCGCAAGUGGUAGUGGCGUGAUUCUAGCUCGUUCUCCGGAUGGCAAGUGGUCUGACACGGCUGGUAUUCUGGUCGACUUUGACCUGCCAAAGACCUCCGAGCUAGAAGUGAUCGAUGUCGUGCUUGUCUUCAGAGACAAGCAGAGCCUCGAAGCGAUCUCCAGGGACGACUGCGUUCUCGGCAAGACCCUGCGAUUCUCCCCGGGCCCAUUACCGAAGAGUGAUGCUGGCGCUGAAGGGUACUCCACGGACAGCUUUCUGGCUCCAGUCUGGAUAUACGCCAAGAGCAAGGGUCACUCUAUCGAUCUCAAACUCGAUGGUCUCAAGAUCUAUCAAGCCCAGGACGAGAAUGAUCGAUAUUAUGGCGUGCAUGGCAUCUCUGCGAAAGAGAUUCUGUCAGGCCAGGCGAAAGGUCCUUCUGGGGGUGCCUCCACUCUGCGCACUACCAUCACAGCUCUCGACACGCAGAGUGGAGACUAUAGCGGACUGCCAGCAUCUGGCAGUUGUCCAGGUGACAAGCGUGUGCGGAAGGGCAACAGUACCAAUGUUACAUCGUAA